AUGCUGGUGACCUAUUUGGAAGCCAGCCGGGACCUUUGCGAGACGGACUCAAUUCUUUUUGGCACCGCACUGGCAGUGUGCCGUAUUAUAGGCGCCAAACUUUCCACGGCUGGACGCGCUACUGGACAAAGUAGCGCUAUCCCAGCCUGGAGAAUAAGAAUUGAAGAACGUAUCGCAAAGGCUAGGGCCCUCAUCGGCAGACUGAUAUGCUUCAGGUCAGGCAACAACAGGCCAAGGAUUGUGCGCACCGUCAGGAUGGCAUUUGCUGGGACAAAUGUUAGUUUGUCCCAGCCGGAUAUAAUGCAAAAACUGACGGAGCGCAUAGACGACCUGAAGCAGAGAAUCGCUGCUUGGGGAAAGCGGAUUCGGCGAUAUACCGAGAGUUCGACACGGUUUAACCAGAAUCGUCUCUUCCAGAGUGAUCAGAAGAGGCUCUAUAAAUCGUUGGAGUGA